CCUGGGCCGGUGGAGACCCCUGCAGAGACCCCGCUGGAGGUCCCACUCGGCCGGCGGAGACCCCCGCAGAGACCCCGCUAGAGGUCCCCCUGGGCCGGUGGAGACUCCUGCAGAGAGCCUCACAGCUGCGCAGGGCCCGGGAGGCCUCCCUCGCACAUCUCCAGUACCUUCCCAGUGCCCCCCACUCCACCCUCAGCCUUCCUAGUGCCCUCCCCCAACCUUCCCAGUGCUCCCAGUGCCCCCCCUUCAGCCUUCCCAGUGCCCCCUCCAGCCUUCCUCGUGCUCCCAGUGUCCCCCCUCCAGCCUUCCCAGUACUCGCAGUGUCCCCCCCCGCCUUCCCAGUGCCUUCCCACACCUUCCCAGUGUCUUCCCAGUGCUCCCAGUGCCCCCCCAGUCUUCCCUGCGCCCCAUCUCCGCCUUCCCCAGCUCUCGGCUCGGGUCCGUGCUCGGGAGCUGCCCCCCGGUGCCCUCUGGUCCUGUCCCGGCUCAGUGCCGCUCCCGUUCCCGGUGCCGCUCCAAGGCAGUCCCGGGGCGGAGCGGCGGGAGACAAAGAGGAGAAACUUCUCGGAGUGCGGGAGAGCGGCCGGGACACGGGGAACGGCCGCCGGGAUACCGGGAACGGCCGCCGGGAUACGGCUUCCUCCUGCCCUGAGCCCCCUGUCCCGGCCGAACGACAACAGGAGCGCGGGGAGCGGAUCCCGCUCCCGGGACACCGGAGCCAUCCCCGGGCCCCCACGGGCGAGUGGCGGCAUGCGGCGGGGCUGAGCCAGCGGAAGAUGAAGCUUCCAUCCCCCUCCAGCUGCCGCCUGCAGACCCUGGGGGCUGCCCUGGGGGUCUGCGCCACCAUCGGCUUCACUCUGCAGCUCCUGGGGGGGCCCUUCCAGCGCAGGGUUGCCACGGCCCCCGCCGGGCACUCCCUGCCCCCGUGCCAGCCUCGUACCCACCUGGUGUUCCUGAAGACCCACAAGACAGGGGGCAGCAGCCUGGUGAACGUCCUGCACCGCUUCGGGGAGGGUCGAGGGCUGCGCUUCGCCCUCCCCCACCGCUACCAAUUUGGCUACCCAAGGUCCUUCCGUGCCCACUGGGUCAAAGGGUACCGCCCGGGGGGUGCCCCCUUCGACAUCAUCUGCCACCACAUGCGCUUCAACCGCACCGAGGUGCAGAAGGUGAUGCCCAACGACAGCUUCUACUUCUCCAUCGUGCGUGACCCUGGCACUUUGGCCGAGUCAGCCUUCGCCUACUACCGCUCUGUGGCGCCAGCCUUCCGCCGGGCACCUUCCCUGGCAGCCUUCCUGGCAUCUCCGGACCGCUUCUACCAAGCAGGCACCCGCGGCAACCACUACGCUCGCAACCUGCAGUGGUUCGACUUUGGGCUGCCGCUGCCGUCGGGGGCCGGAGAAGCGGUGGCUGAGGGCGGUCAGGCGGCGGCGAGCGGCGGCGAGACGGUCUCGGUGCAGGCGGCGCUGGCCGAGCUGGAUCGGGACUUCGAGCUGGUGCUGCUGGCGGAGCACUUCGACGAGUCUCUGGUGCUGCUCCGCCGGGCGCUGUGCUGGCCCGAGGAGGCUGUGCUCGCUUUCGCCCAUAACGGCCGCCCCCCCGGGGCCACCCCACGCGUCUCGCCCGCCCAAGCCGAGCGCUUGCGGGCGUGGAACGACCUGGAUUGGGCUCUUUACACGCACCUCAACCGCACCUUCUGGCGCCGGGCGGAGGCUUUCGGUGCCGCUCGCUUACGGGAGGAGGUGACCCGGCUGAGACAGCGCCGUGCCGCUAUGGCCCGCCGGUGCUUGCAGGGCGGGGGGCCACUGCCCGCCCGAGCUAUCGCCGACGGCCGUCUCCGACCCUUCCAGCCGCCCGGGAGGGCUCAGAUCCUGGGGUACGCGCUGCGGGCGGGCCUGGCCCGCGCUGAACGGGAGCUCUGCACCCGCCUCGCCACCCCUGAGCUGCAGUACAAGGACAUCCUGGACCGGCGGCAGUUCGGCUCGGGGAGCAACGCCUCCGUCCCGCCCGGUGGGUAGCCUGGCGAUGGUGCCGGGCAUCGGCUUUCCGGGCCCCCCCGAACCCGACAGCGUCGAGGUCCCCCCCACAGAACCACUUUGUGCCUCAGUUUAUCUGCUGUGGGUAACGCUGCUGCUUCCCCUGGUCCCAGAGGGACUGCCCUUCCCCCGCCACGGUACAGCUCUGUGCCUCCGGGCCAGUAACAGCCCCCCCAGUCCCUAUACCAGGGGGGGUCCUGCCACGGUACCACCUUGUGCCUCAGUUUACCUGCUCCACACAAUGGGAUCAGUUCUCCCCAGCUCCAUGGUACCACCCGGGGCCAGGCAAUGUCCUACUCCAGGGCAUGUGCAUCAGCGUGCCCCUUCUUGGGGCUGAGCCCCCCCACUCUAUGGAGCUCAGGUUCCCCCGUCCAUGGGGCUCAACCCCCGCCACGGUACUGCCGAGUGCCUCAGUUUACCAGUGCCAAGUCUCGCCCUUCCUUCCCCCCCCUUCCCCCCCCCCCCCCCGUAUUUUACUGGGGCUCAGCCUGCCCAGUCGAGCUCCGUGCCUCAGUUUACCGAGGUCAGGCGCUGGGCUCAGCCGCCCCUAACCCCCGCCAGCUGAUGGAGGACAGGCCCCGCCCCACUCCCGCUCCUCAGGCUUCGUGGUCGCUAUGGCAAUAAAGAACUGGAAUCUGA